UAAAAACAGAAAUUAGGUGGGAAAAUAAACUGUGUUUCUAUUUUGCGAAAAAUUACAGUAAAAUUCAUUUGAUUAGGAUCACUCAGAAUCAGUUAGUUAUUAGACAACUUUAUGGAGAAGACGUCUGAUCAAAAAGUGACAAUGCCCGAAGAAAAGAGUCCGGAAGGUGAAAUAACUAAGCGUAAAUUUCGUCGUAAGGCAUGGGUUAAUUUGACGAAGAAAGAAGCCGUAAUUUUUUCCUCAAAUAAAUCGCACAAUAGAAUACCAAAUUUUAAGGGCGCAGCUGAAGCAGCUAAGCGUUUGAGCGAAUUAGAGGAAUUUAAGAAAGCUAAAAUUAUAAAGAUUAGUCCAGAUAAACCACAAGAGUCGGUGAAGAAUUUAGCUUUGGAAAAUGAUAAAAAAGUUCUUUUACCGAAACAAAGAUUGAGAAAUGGUCUUUUUAAUCUUGUCACACGCGUAAUUAAUCCUACGGAAGAAGAACUGAAAUCAAUUGUAACAAAACAUGGCAUCCAACAAAUUGAACAACCAAUUGGUUUGGAUUCUGAUAUUAAAGUGGAUCUCGUUGUUUUGGGUUCGGUGUGCGUUAGUACUGCAGGACAUAGAGUUGGCGAUGGUGAAGGAUAUGCAGAUCUGGAAUUUGCAUUAAUGUCAAGAAUGGGAGCUGUAAAUGAUGAUACGAUUGUUGUCACCACUGUUCAUGAUUGUCAAAUAGUCGAUGAUCUUCCAUCUGAACUUUUUCAAGCACACGAUUUACCUGUAGACAUUAUUGUCACACCAACUCAAACCAUUGUGGUUAGUGAGAAGCUUAAAAAGCCCGAUUCAGUCAUCUGGAACAUUCUCAGCAAUAGAAGAUUAAAUUCCAUGCCAAUUCUUCAACAAUUGAAAGAAGAAGAAGAGAAUGAAGGAAAGGAGGUUGUUUUAAAAGAAGAUGAUUCCGACGAGGAUGCACUUUACCAAGAGAGGACCAAGCUUAAACGAGUUAUUGGAAGGGUGAGUCUAAAGAUCAGGCGUAAUCUCUUGAAUUCAACGAUAGAGAGCGGAGAGGGUGAUAAAGAAGAUAAAAAACGAAUUAUGAGACGACGUUCAUCUCAAAAACGCAAAGGAGAUGGAGACAAUAACGCAUCAAUGGACACUGAAAAAUCUGUGAACAAGGAAAGAUUCCGUCGUCCAUAUUAUAAAUCGCGUCCAAGAAGUCAAAUUGAUUUUUCUUUGAAACUUUCGAAUAUCUCGUCUACUGUUCGAGUACGAGAUUUAAAAAAUGCUUUAUCCGAACGUGGAGUAAAGCCCAAUGACAUUACCUGGAGAGGACAACGUGGUUUUUGUUAUCUUCACUUUGGCAAAAUGAGAAAUGCCAAAACAGACGAGGAGCAUCAACCAAUUCAGGUAGAUUCAGUUGUUGCAAAUUUGCAACAAUUAAAAAUCGGUGAAGUGCCAGAAGAAUCAACGGAAAAUGUUUUCAUUGUCGUUGAGCCAACGAAAUCAUCAACAAAAGUCGUCGAAGUAGUUGAGGCAACAAAACCGAUUACAAAAAUCGAAGUAACCGACGCAACGUCGGUUUAAUCGUGUCUAUUAUUAAUAAGCCUUAACAAAAAAAAGCUCACUUUACAGCAUUGCUGGUUAUUUGUUCUGUUUAAUCGGAUUAGUCUGAUACAUUUUUUUUGUUUUAAGCGAUGUGAUCGCAAUCUUGAUUAUAUCGUUAUUGAUAUAUGAAUUUAUAUUUUUUUUUUAGUUCGAAUUUUUGCAUUGACUGCACGUUUUAGUUUAUUUAUUGAAACGAGAUCCGAGAGAGGAUGAAGUCACAAUGCUGUAAAUUUCGUAAAGUUGUGUUCACGUAUAUUGGAUACGUGGUUUUUUUUUAUUUUUCAUUUAUUUUUAUUUAUUUUUUUUUUUUAUAUAAAAAAAUACUUAACUUUCGAAAACUUUGAGCUUAGUGAAUAACAAAAGAUAAAGAGAAAAAGGAAACAAAACGGUGUCUCAGAGAAAAACGAAAAUCUGAUCCUUAUUACAGGACAUUUAAUCACAUAGACUGAAAAAUAAUUGUUUUAUUAUUAAGAAAAAUAAUAAUAUUUCUAAAUAUAGAGAAAUUAUUCUUAAGAAAAAAUAUCCCUUAAAGCUCUGGGAAAAUUGUUAAUGAUUCUUUAUUAAAAAUAGAUUAUAAUUAAAUAUCUAUUUUUCUGAGAAAAAUAAUAGUGCAAUCGUAUUGUCAGUAAUUUAAAAAGAAAAUUAUGAAUUUUGGAUUUCUAUGACUCAUAUAGAAAAAAAUACGUAUAGGGCGAUACUCGAAUAUUUUUUUUUUUUGCGACAAUUAUAAAGAGUAUAAAAAGAGGCAAUACCUUGUGUGAUAUUAUGGAAUAUUAUUUGUUUACAAUAAGAUAUCAUUUAUAAUAAUGGUACGAAGAUUUAUUAUUAAAUAAAAAAAAAUUCUUUUUUAUUUAUUUUCCAUUCGUCGAUAGAAUGUCCACUGAUGAUUGUUCAGUGCAUUUGCAUUAUUACACUAUUGUUAUUGGAAAAGAAUAUGAAAUUUCUUAUAUAAAAAGAGACACCUUUUCCGUUAUGAAUUCGGUUUUUCACAGAGCAUGAUACUUUUUUUUAUGCAAAGUUGCGAAUCAGCAAAAUAAAAAAAAAAUUAUGCACUAUAAAAGUUUUUUUUAUCUCGACACGAAAGAAGAUAAAAAAUUGUAAUUAUUGAAAUUCCUGUAUAAACAGUGUGUUAAUUCGAUAUUAACAUUCUUCCAAGUACAUGUAUUUUUAUUAAAUACAAAUAUUUGACGAAUAA